AUGAAAAAUAUUAGUAAAGUUCAAAGUCAAGAAUAUUUUCAGAAAAGCACUACAAAGUCUUCUUCUCUUUAAAAACGAUUUUCUCAAAGAGUAAGUUCUCCAUAAUAGUGGGUUUUAGGAAAAAGGUUGGAACAAUAGGAUUAUUGCAUCUGAAUAGAUUUUAGGAGUUGUACCAAGAGAAUAUUCAAAUAAAACAUUCUUGCCAUCAAUAAAUGGUGGAACAGCUUCCAUUGUUUAGAAAUACAUUCAAAUGCAUAAGAAUUAAUAAGAACUAGAUAAUCUUAUUGAAUGCGAACAAAAAAUAUUUACUACCAAAUUGGAAUAAGUAAGACAAGUUCAUAAAUUGUAUAAUGUUCCAAAAAUUCAUUAAGUAUAUAUAUAGAUUUAUCUAUGUAGAAUGUAUUCAAUUAAAUAUUGGCAUCAUCUAAUGACAAAUUAGCAAUAUUGGAAGAGGAACUUAAUUUAAUGGAUCAAAAAUUAUCCCCAAUAUUACAUUGUAUGUUUACAAUAACAGCAAGAGAAAAUUGUUUAAAUUAGAUAUUGAGUUUUUUAAAGACAUAUUAAUCUAAAGACUAAGAGAAAUUAAAAGAACUUAUUAAUGAUUUUAGAAUAUUAUCAUUAAACACACUUGAAAGUAUUGUGAAAUGGUAAUAAUAUAUUGAACAUAAAAAUCUUAAUAUUCAAUUUUGUUUGGAUGAUAAUACUGUAUAUUGUGAAAGAUUCUAUUCAGAUUAUUAAAUUUUGAGACCAUAAUUAAUUAAAAUAUUUGAAUUGUCAGAAUCUCAUGAUCCAUUCUUUGUGAAAUUAUUAGGAAAUAAUCAACCAAAAUUAUAUGCAAGAAUUAGAAGAGCAGAAGUUGAAUUAUUGAACUUGAUUUUUAACAAUAAUUAUUUAAAAUGA